UACGCGAUCUGUCGUUGUGGUAGUGUGUUCUAAUAGUUUAAACAGUGAAUAUUGUGAAUACAAUUUAUUUCAGUGCUGUUGUUCUGAAACUUACAGCAAAACGUUGAUAGCAAAUGGUAUCUUGGUAGUUGGUAUGAAUUUUCAAAGACUGUGUGAUUAUUAAAACAAAGCCAGUCAUUAUAAACUGUGAAUAAAUAGUGCUAAAAAUGGCGGCGGAAGUGGCAGAAACGUCAUUUUUGAAACUCAACAGAGAAGAGGUCUCGUACCGGUCAAGUUUUCGCACGACCACGAACGCAACGGAAAGAACUACAAUAUGGAAACAAAAAUGUGUGUCGAUAGAGUCGCCAAAAUCUGGGAGGAUCAUCCAAUCGCAAAGGGAGAGCCCUAAAACAAAACCUCAAGGUGGAAAAAGCACUUCUGGUUUCUUUACGAAGUUUUUCGAAGACUUCAAGAAGGCGCGAGUGUCUGACUGUACAUACCAACCGUCGAAGGUUCGAAAGAAUAGCUUCUAUAGACCGUUUUGGGCGAAGAAAGUGGCAAAUGAUAGAGAAGAAGUGAAGGAGAAUGUCGAAGUUAAUGCUGCUUCUCAUAAAUUGGCAGCUGUGCCAUACACGAAGAAUCAGUACAGCACACCAAAAUUGAUCAAGAAUGUAAAACCAACAGUGAAUACUAAGAAGAGGCUCUCGAAAGUAGUGUCACACAAGGAAUUUAAGCUGAAAAUGCCCGUCAGCUACAAAGGGAGUGAAAUGUACAUGCCCACGGGCGAACGACUGUUUUGGCUAGGCGAAACCCGCCCGACGAGUUUCGGUCCGGCGACGUACCAGGACUUCAAGGACAUCCGCUCGCGGUGUCUAGCCGAAGGCAGGCUGUUCGAGGACCCAGAGUUUCCCGCAGUGGACCGCAGCCUCUACUACAAGGAGAGGCUUGACCGGCCCAUCACUUGGCUUAGGCCUGGGGAGAUCAGUGACAACCCGCAGCUGUUCGUGGAAGGGUACAGCCGUUUCGACGUGCAGCAGGGGGAGCUGGGCGACUGCUGGCUGCUUGCAGCUGUUGCCAACCUUACUUUGCAUCGCAAAUUGUUCUUCCAAGUGGUGCCUGAUGAUCAGAGCUUCGAUGAGGAUUAUGCCGGUGUCUUCCAUUUCCGUUUCUGGCAGUACGGCCGCUGGGUGGAUGUGGUGAUCGACGACCGGCUCCCGACGUACCGAGGGAAGCUCGUGUUCCUUCACUCCUCGGAGACCAAUGAAUUCUGGUCCGCGUUGCUGGAGAAGGCAUACGCUAAACUACACGGCUCGUACGAGGCCUUGAAGGGCGGUUCGACAUGCGAGGCGAUGGAGGACUUCACCGGCGGCGUCACGGAGAUGUACGAGAUGUCCGAGCUGCCGCCGAACUUCUACACCAUCCUGCUGAAGGCGUACGAGAGGAACUCGCUCAUGGGCUGCAGUAUCGAGCCGGACCCAAACAUCCUAGAAGCCGAGACGCCUGCGGGUCUGAUCCGAGGUCACGCAUACUCCGUGACACGUGUCAAGUACGUGGACAUCGAGACGCCGGGACGCGCCGGCAAGAUACCGCUACUGCGCCUGCGCAACCCGUGGGGAAACGAGGCCGAGUGGAACGGGCCAUGGAGCGACAAAUCACCUGAAUGGCGUUUCAUACCGGAAUCGGAGAAAGAAGAACUGGGCCUCACAUUUGAUGACGAUGGUGAAUUCUGGAUGUCGUUCAAGGACUUUGUCAAUCAUUUCUCGAGAGUGGAGAUUUGUAACUUGAACCCGGAUUCCCUGGACCCUGAAGAGUGUCCCGAGGGUUGCACCAAGAAGUGGGAGAUGUCUGUGUUCGAAGGAGAAUGGGUCAGAGGAGUGACGGCGGGCGGUUGCAGAAACUAUUUGGAAACUUUCUGGCGCAAUCCGCAGUACACCGUCACCUUGACCGACCCUGACGAAGGAGACGAAGAGAACAAGUGUACCAUAAUCGUAGCCCUGAUGCAGAAGAAUCGUCGCUCGCAGCGUCACCAGGGACUCGAAUGUCUGACCAUCGGCUUCGCCGUGUACCGCCUGCCGGACUACGGACACGUGCCCAAACCACUCGACGUCAACUUCUUCAAGUACAACGCGUCCGUGGGGAGGUCGCAAGCGUUUAUCAACCUUAGGGAGGUUAGCGCUAGAUUCAAGUUCGAACCCGGUUCAUACGUGAUCGUGCCAUCCACAUUCGAGCCCGAUGAGGAAGGAGAGUUCCUUGUGCGUGUGUUCUCAGAGAAGGACAACAAUAUGGAGGAAAAUGACGAGGACAUCGGUAUGGGUGACGUUGAUGACAGGGUGAAAGAGAUCGCGCCGAACCCUGAGCCGGCGGACCCGGUGCGCGAGUUCUUCAACCGCCUCGCCGGCGACGACGGAGAGGUCGACUGGCAGGAACUCAAGGAGAUCCUCGACUACGCCAUGCGAGAGGAGCUGGCCAUGCGCCGAGGCGGCGCGUACGACGGCGGCGGGGGGGGCGGCGGGGUGCCGGCGGGGGGGUACGGCGGCGCCGCGCCCCCCCCGCAACAGAGCUGUCUCGAGCAGCUGCUGUGUGCGCUCUGCACGCCCAUAUGCAAGGAGCUCGGCGUCGACCUGCAGCAGAUGCAACAGCAGAACCAGGAGCAAGUGCAUCUCACGCCACCGCAGCCGCAGCAAGAACUCAAAGGACAGGGUUUUUCUAAAGACGUGUGCCGUAGCAUGAUCGCCAUGCUGGACAAGGACGGCUCCGGCGGGCUCGGCUUCGACGAGUUCAAGAGCUUGUGGAUCGACCUGCGCAACUGGCGGGCGGUGUUCCGCCUGUACGACGUGGAGGGGCGCGGCGCGGUGCCGGCGCAGCAGCUGCGCGACGCGCUGCACUCCGCCGGAUACACCGUCAACGCGCACGUGCUCAACGUGCUCGCGCACAGAUACGGCGGCUCCGACGGGUACAUACAGUUUGAUGACUUCAUAAUGUGCGCUGUGCGGCUCAAGACCAUGAUCGCAAACAACGAACCGCUUGAGAAUCUCGAGCGCGACCUGCAGUGGAACUCGUGAGCUGACCGGCGCCGCGCGGACACACAAAUACGUUCAAAGCGAGAUCGUCGGGCGGGGAAUACGCCACGUUCUCCCUUGAAGAAUGGCUGAAUCGCACAGUCUACUCGUAGAUGUUAAUACAUGCCUUACAGGGCCGAAAAAAAAACAUAUAACUGCUUUUGAUCAAAUAUUAGAGAUGUUUGACCCAAAAAAUAACUCAGAUAUUAGUUUCAUCCAGAAUAAAAAAAAAACUAUUUGACUUUUGAUCAAAUAUUAGCGGUCAGUGUGACCCAAAAAAAAAGGAAACAAUAGUUCGUUUGAUCCAAACAAGGCCAAACGUUGGUAAAAGUGUCAAUUGAUUUUCGUCCAUUCGGCCCUGGCUUACGCAUAUUGUACUGUUUAAUGUAAGGAUAUUGUAAUCUCUUAUUAAAUUAUUCAAAAAAAUAUUACUGUUCACUGUUUUGCAAGAAAAAUGCUUUUUUUGUUUAAUGUAAUCACUGGUGACUUAAACUGAGAAGUUAUUAUUUAAACGAAAAUUUUAUAAAAAGAAAUAUAUUACUUACUUUUUUUUUAUAUUAAGUAUAGCGCUAAAUUUUCUUUCUGUUUUUUUUUUACCAAAUAAGAAUACUUAACGACCGUUCGGAGAUAAAAAUCGAUACCAUUUUUCUUGCAAUUCAUUGUAAAUGAAAAUGUUUAUAAAAUAUAAAGUGUCUUAUAGUUCGCCUAAUCUAAGUCACAAAUAUAUUGAAAUUAACGAUGAGAUGUAUUUUUAAUAAUCGAUACGGGUAAUCACUCAUUACUAAAAACAAAAAAAAAUAUUUUUCUAUAUUCAUUGUAAUUUUUGCAAUUUGUUUUUGCCUGGCAUACUGUUGUAUUGUAUGAUUAUGAAGUAGCUCACCAUUUUUUUUAUAAAUUUGAAAUCUGUAUCAGAACCUUUUUUUUACUGUUUUUUUUUCACAAACAAGAAAAUUGUAAAUCAUUUAGAACUGUGGUUCUAUUUUUUGUGUCUAUUUUUAAAAAAAAGCAGUACUUCCAGGCUAUAUUUCCGCUAACACAUUUAUUAGUUAUAAGUAUACCAGUAUUUUGUUAUAUCCACCGAUACUUCAUUCCAAUAUGCGUUUAGUUUAUCCCGAGGGAACAUCUGUACUCUGUAGUCCUGUGCGAUUAGCUCCUACAAGCUUCUAUAUUGACGUUAUAAUAUAUAUUCGUAUAUGAUUGUUUGCACUCUGUGGCAUCGACGAAGCAUUUUUUGAAAACAUUUAUGACAAUUUUUAUUUUACAUUUAAAGAUCUGAAAUAUAAUGACUAUAUUUAUUUGAA